AGUGCAUUUGUUUCUAGUGAAAACCUUGGUCAAUAUGAACCGCAAAUUCUCAAUAAGUUCAACUUUAAUUAUAGUUUUUAUGGUUCCAUAUCAAAUGUUAUUUAUCCUCACAAUCCGUUGACUCCUAGUCAGUGUGAGAAAUAUGUUUUAAAUGAGUCACAGUUCAAAUGUUAUUGUAGCAGAUGUUGGUUGCUCUCAUACUUCAUAUGUGUCACGUAGAAUCCCUACUCAAUGCUAUGAUGAAUCAUUUGAUAUAACAAGUAUUUGCAAAACAGUACUGAAACCAAGAUACCCAGAAGUGAUGUCGUUCACACAGUGGAAAAAUUUAAAUUUAGUCUCCAAGUUUGGCAGUUCGAAAUUCAAGGUAAGGCUUAAUGUCUGCGAUGGUAAAAUUGAAGAUUUAUUUAUAAUGAAAGCGGCUGAACCUGACACUGGUUCAAAAGUUCAUACUUACCUCAGGAAUCUGAGGUCAAACGAAGAUAAAAAGCGUGUCAAUUUCACAUCACCAAAAAUGUUAAAUAUGAUCAAAUUGCAUAAAACAUUCAGCGUUUCUGGAAAACUGUAUGAUAAGUCAUCAAAUUUCAGGAUUUGUUGUAGCUAUCUAAAAAUACUCGGCAAAUCUGUUGGUAUCUAUCUCGUUUAUUUGGACAAAGUGAAUGUCAUAUACAAAAAGGUAAGCCUUAUUUCAAUACUUCAAAGUCAUUACAAUUGUGAUAUACCUGUAUUUAGAUUACAGCCACCUACUGAUCCGAAUUGUUAUGAAGCACAUAUAAAUGUCCUGUUCAAAUGCUUUGGAGAAAAAGCAAGCCAACAUGAAUCACAAGUAUUGUUACUGACAAAUCGAAAUGUAAAAUGUGCUUAUUCGUAUUGUGAAUGGAAUGAACGAUGGAAAAAUCAUCAAUUAUAUUAUUACCCAUACAGGUCAAUAUCAUACAAAAGGUUCCUUCAACCUUUAUGUAUACCAACACACCCCUUAUACUUCCAUAUGAUGAAAGCGUAAGUAGUGUCGAGACAGUUCAGAUCAAUAGUCACAUUAUUUGUAACGUGCGUAUGUGAAGAUCUAACGUUGUUUCGUGGUGGAGGAAGAAUCAUAUAUGCAUUGAACGAAUGAACACAACAAAAAAUCAGAUGGUUCAAUAGAUUUCUUUUUCAAAUGAAGCUAAAAAAAAAGCUGAAGCAUGAUCGGAUGAGAUCCCAGCGAGUACGAAAAAGUACAACAACCUUUCGAAUAGGCUCUCCACGGAAAAAGUAUUCUUACGUAAUUCAUUAAAAAAGAAAGGGCGUUGAUAUGACGGGAUUAAAAAACAAAAUUACAUUCUUUUACUCAUUGUAAUCUUUGUUCAACAUUACUUCCGUUUUAAUUUAAUAUGAUAAUUACUCAAUGUAGUAUUUGGUUUUGUUUUCUCGUAUAACAUACGAUAUUCUAAUAUUCAAUUGACCUGAACUAUGUUCAGCAUGACAUGUACCAUGUGAUUCAAUUAUAACUCUGGGUAUUUUUCAUAUAUAUGAUUUCAUCCUAAUCAUUAAUUAGAAUGGGUAUACAAUCAAUAUAGAAAUAAGUUUAUUUUCGAUUAGGGUUGUUGUGUUUUAAGUUCAAUAAAUCAUCAUUUGUACUAGUCUUGGUGUUUUUAUUUC